AAGCAACACUCACGGCUGGCCGCCAGUGUGUUUCCGGCUGGUGGGGGAGGGGUUUGGACAAGAUGGCUGGAUCCACAGUUAAAGUCCCUCGUAAUUUUCGCUUGUUGGAAGAACUUGAAGAGGGACAAAAAGGAGUAGGAGAUGGUACAGUAAGCUGGGGGCUGGAAGAUGAUGAAGACAUGACACUUACACGGUGGACAGGCAUGAUUAUUGGACCACCAAGGACAAAUUAUGAAAACAGAAUAUACAGCUUGAAAGUAGAGUGUGGGCCUAAAUAUCCUGAAGCACCUCCAACAGUUAGAUUUGUAACUAAAAUUAAUAUGAAUGGAAUAAAUAAUUCCAAUGGAAUGGUGGAUGCACGGAGCAUACCAGUGUUAGCAAAAUGGCAAAAUUCUUAUAGCAUUAAAGUUCUACUUCAAGAGUUAAGGCGUCUAAUGAUGUCCAAAGAAAAUAUGAAGCUUCCACAACCUCCAGAAGGGCAAACUUACAACAAUUAAUUUUAGCUGAAUCCCAAACUUGUCUUAAACAACUUCUACUUAUGUUAAUGUCUUGAUUCAAUUUCACAAUGCAAACCACCCACACAUUAAGAGUUAAUGCUGGUGUAUAUGAUCUGGACAUUGAAAGAAUAUAUAUGUAUAUGUAUGCCCCAUAUGUUUUCAGGCACAAUCAGAGAAAAAAGGCAGCACAAUUUUUUCCUCUUUACCAAGCACUAUCAUUUUAAGCAUAAGCCUGAAGUAGCCUAAAUUUGGAACUCCAGUGUUUCAAGAUGAGCGCAUGAUCGGAAGUGUCAGGUUGCUGUGGAAUAAUGUUUCAGAAACUUUUUGCAAGAAGAAAAAAAAAACUAAUGGCAUGCUUUAUCCAUCUUGCUUUAGUGAAAGAGCUGCAGAUUAAAACAAUUAAGUAGCAGGUACUGCAAAUACCAUUGCUCAAUUUGUUUAAUUUUUGCAAUGUGUGGGUGCUGACUGCUAGUAGUGUUUCAGAAUAUGGUCAGGAUUGUUUUGAUACUUGUAUUUAUAAAAUGGGGGAAUGAUUUUCUUUUAAGCAGCUCCUGUGUGUUUCAUGUAAUGGACAUUGCAAAUAUUUGUUUACAGUCUUCGUUCUAAUAAACCAUGCAUUUAAGUUUUAGUGAAACCAACAAACAAAAAAAGGAAAUAGGUGUAUGGAUAUGUGAUUGAGAAUAAAGUUAGUCUUCAAAUGUAAAUAAAAUGUGAAAAAUAUCCCCUGAGGCUGUGCUAUUUCUAAAUUUACACUGGCAGUACCCUACAAGAUUGAUAAGUCAAAUGUUGCUCCUAAUCUUGUCUUAAUUACUCUUUUUCUUGGUAUCUAGGCUGCUGGAGCAAUUUUAGUGGAACCAGUUAUAUUAGACUCUGCAUGUGUUAUUCUUUUUCUUUAAUUUUGAACUAAACGGCCCUCUAAUUGUAACCUUUUUGCUUUUGUGAUGCUCAGUUCGUAUGUUGAAUUCUUAAACUCUCUUUGCUAUUAGCAGAUAUAGUAUUAAAAAUAAUAAGAGGGGAAAGAUGCAACUCCUUGUAAGUAUGUUGUAGCUGACUUUUUAGGUGCUUUUGUGUUUUGUGCAAUUGCUGCUCGAUGGUUCAAGGAGCCUUAGAUGGACAUUAAGGUGUUGAAAAUUCAUUCUGCCUUAUAUUUUUUUCCCCUUUCAUAUUGAUUGAAAUAUGCAUGCAAACCCCUUCUUCUACAAAUAGAUGUCUGUUAUUAAUAUGCCAGCAACUAAGGUACUAUCUGGGUACAAGAAGCUUCUGAUCUGUGUAGCCAUUGUGGAUGGAUAAUUUAUUAGCUCAGCCUAAUCUUGUUUGCAGGAUGUAAAUAUUAAUUUUAAAAAUAUUUUAUUUUUGCCACCUUCAUUUUACAUGAGAGGAGACAUUAAUUUAGGAAUAAAUUCUUUUUUUUUCUUUGUUCCUUUUAAAUUAAUGAACAGGAUAAGCAGCUGUUUAAGGGAUGCUUUCUGCUAAGAAAAUGUUAAAAUUUUGUGUUUCAUGAACCGCAGUUUGCAGCUUCUACCUUCAGAAUAAAUGGAAAUCAAGAAAAGGUUAAUCCAUAUUUUCAGAUAUAUUAAAAGUAAACAGCAGUUUCUUCAUGAUGUGGCCUUCAUAACUACAUGUUACAUGUUUUAUAUUUGGUUAUCUAUAUCUUACAAAUUGUCUUAUAGGAAAUUGCCCUAAAUAUACACAUGGUAAGUAAGCCUAAAACCUGAGUUCCCAAAUGUAUUUUGCUAGAUUAUGAGCUUUCUGAAUGUAAUGGAACUUAAUUUUUUAGUGUGUAUGUAUUAUAUUUACAUGCAUACAUUCUUUUAUCAUAGCUCCUACCAUUUUGAGAAAAAACCCUCCACUAUGAUAAUAUAAUCAUAAGAAGGCUUUCUUUUUGAAAAAUUCUGAUAGAUACAUUUCCCAAGUUGACCAGCUUUUCCAUUUUCAUUCCACUAUAAUUUAUUGAUACAUAAUAUUACUCUUUCCUUGAUAAGGAUUAUAUCUGGACUUAAUUUGAUAAACUAGGAGUAUAUAUAUGACUGACUACCUGAUUCUACAUACAAGAUCUAGAUCACAUGAACUGAGGUGCCAGGAGUGAAAAGUGUGGAACAGUAUGACUGGGCAGCUGCAAAAAACAUCUGGAGGAGCCUUGAAGGUUGAUGAAUUAUUCCCCUAAAGCCACUUUGUGCCUUUUCCCUUUAAAGCUUGGCAACUUUUCAGUGUAAUGAUAUUAGUAAGUUUAUAAAAACAAAGUUCCUUGAGCACAGAGCCAUGUAUAGACAGGGCAACUUGACAUCAGCCUUAAAUUAUCUGUUUGGUGGUGUAAAAUAUGUAUAUGCGAUAACAGUAUAAAUAAGGCAAGCAAAAAUGUUUUUCCUUCCUAAAUCCCAGUGCACAAUAAUUUCUAAAAAAUGUGCCUGGAAAUAAAGGUUAUUACUAAAGGUUAAUUAACAAGUAUGAGAAUGGGUUUAAGCUUUGUACUAAGCCAUUAUUUUCUAACCAUGGUUUCUGGAAGAAUCCAGAAUUUGCAGAAGUCACACAAUAUACAAAAUGAAAAUAUAUUAUUAAGUACAAAUACAUCAGACCAUGUAUGAUACACAAUUCAGGCUUCACACAUAGUGCUAAGCCAUAGCUUGUUUUAAUAAGCCAUUAUGGCCUGGUUCAUAUGCAAUACUAAGCCAUCAAUUAUCUGAUAUAAGCCACAAUUACUGGGCUAACACACCACAUUAAGCUAAAACUAAAAUCACCUUAUGGAACAGAGUUAGUGAUGUGUCAACCCAGCCUUCGGGCGUGCAGGUUUGUCCUUACUGUGAAAAAAAAGCAGCUACCUCAGCAAGUACUGAGGGAUAAGGAUUUGGGAAGUUGUGGGGUCAGAGUUGUGUGCAUCAAAUGAUGGCUCCAAGGUCUAAGUGAUCUUGGUGACUUUGGGGUAUUAAUGAUAAAUAUUGCCUCAUUGGUAGUGCUGAAACAAAAUGCAGCCAUCAACAUGGUCAGCUGAUGUCUGUUGAAUAAAGAGAUAUCAUCUUGUCUUUUCCCUCAGGCAGCAAAAUGUAUUGCACCGGCUUUCUAUGAGUGAUCUUUUUUUUGAGGGUCUGACUCAUUCUGAUAUACUGAGACUAGUACAUUAUUAGUAUCCUGUUUUCUAAUAUGUGUUGACUGCAUUGGCUUCUCAGUGUUUGUUUGAUUGUCUCACUGUAGUUACCUAUAAUAAAUGUUUGGAACAAG